AUGGGGAGGUCUCCUUGCUGUGACGAGAAUGGCCUCAAGAAGGGGCCUUGGACACCCGAAGAGGACCAGAAACUCACGGACUACAUCGAGAAGCAUGGCCAUGGGAGCUGGAGAGCACUGCCUAAGCUUGCAGGACUCAACAGGUGUGGCAAGAGCUGCAGACUGAGAUGGACCAACUACCUGAGGCCAGAUAUCAAGAGAGGAAAGUUCACACCCGAGGAAGAGCAGACCAUCCUCCAGCUCCACUCCGUCCUUGGCAACAAGUGGUCAGCCAUCGCGAAGCACCUCCCUGGACGGACCGACAACGAGAUCAAGAACUUCUGGAACACUCACCUGAAGAAGAAGCUGAUCCAGAUGGGCUUCGACCCGAUGACGCACCGACCGAGGACCGACUUCUUCGCCGCGCUGCCACAGCUCAUCGCGCUAGCCAACCUCCGCCAGCUUGUGGAGCAGCGCCCGUGGGACGACCAAAGCGCCAGCCAACUGCAAGCCGAUGCAGUCCAGGCAGCAAAGCUCGAGUACUUACAGUGCCUGCUGCAGUCCGCAGCAGCCAUUGCGACUAGUCCCAGCUCCAGCAGCAUCAACACCAUCCCCACUGACCUACAGCAAAUCGGCCUCCUGAGUCCUUCGCAGAUGUCUUCCUUGUCUUCGCUGUCAUCUCCAAGGAUCCUGGAGGGUAUUAAUGGCCAAGACUUGGUAACUGGGCAAGUGUCUGACAUCCAGAUACCUAGUAGCUCAUUCUUCGAACACGAACAGCCUAUCAUCAAUGGUACCAACCAGAACUCAGAUUACAGUGCAAACAGCGGUGAGGGGGAGAACGGCACCCAGAAACCGUUGCUCCUGUCAGAGGACUCCCUUCCGCCACUUGCUGACUUCCCUAUUUCCAACCUCGGCGAUGCUUGCAGCACCUCAAGCUGUGACGCUGAGGGCAACGGCACCCAGCUCCCUAUUUGGUCUGACUCAUUUUAUGAUGAGUUCAUGAGCGAGUUUGCAUGA